CAAGUUAGAGAAACAAAUUAGCAGUAUUUCUAUUCAAACCUCAACCAUUUUUGAAGUGAAAGAAGCCAUUUUCAUAUUGGUUGUCAGAAUAAUGGGACUCUCACUUUUUGUAUCUUUUAUUGGAAACAUACAAAGCAUUCUUCAAGGCCUUAAUCGGAGGAACACAAACAUGCUAACUAGAUACAAUGAAGUUGAACAAUGGUCAAGGCAUUGUCGCCUACCAAAAAAAUUAAGAAGGAGAAUACUAGAGGCUGAAAUUCAGAAUCGGAUUACAACAAGAGGAAUGAAGGAAGAAGAACUGAUGAAGAAUAUGCCAGAGGAUAUCCAGAGAGACCUAACAAGGCAUUGGUUUUUUUCUGUUAUUAAGAAGGUAACGAUCUGAUGUAAAAAUAUUAAAUAUCCUAUUAAGGGAGAUUUGUUAGUUUUAUGAAAUAGUUUCAAGUUAGUUUAAUAUAUUAUGAUUUAGAAUG